UUCCCUAAUUUCAAAAUGGCUGCGUCCACGAAUGACAGUAAAGGAGCGUCUCUCUCCAAAUCCGAGUAUCUGAAACGUUAUUUAUCUGCAGAUGGAGACGCCAAGAAGUCAAAGGAGAAGAAGGCUAAAAAGAAAUGCAUUAAAGUUACAGGAAAGGGGAUGAAGAUAGUAGAUGACGAUGUGGAUUGGAAACAGAUGACCGGCGAGAAGGGGAACGAAGAGGAAGAGGAGGAGGAAGAAGAGGAGGCGCCAGUGGUUGCUGAGAUGGUAGACGACCGUCCAGAUGAGAUCAAACGCCUGGAAGCCUUCAGGACCAGCAACAAAUGGAGAGUGAUGGGAGCUGAUGAAGAGGUCCCAGAGGAGGAGGAGGAGGAACAGAGAGUUCGACACGAUUCGCCAGAGCCCCUGUCGAUCAAAAAGACGCGACAUGAUUCGCCAGAGCCCCUGGCACUCAGAAAGCAGCGUCAUGAUUCGCCGGACGUCUCUCCGCCUAGGAGGAUUGGACAUGAAUCCCCCGAUGCGUCUCUUCGUAGACUGAAGCCUAGCGUUCCUCCCUCAUCAUCAUCCCAACCCCCCCACAGGACACACAGCAGAGAUUCAUCUCCGUCCAGGAGGCGGGCUCAGCACGGGCCCGGCUCAGACUCAGACCAAUCACCUCCAAGGAAAAGGACACAGAUGGGAGGGGCCUCUGAUUCUGACCAAUCACCGCCCAGGAGAAGGCGAAAGGGAGGGCAGAACUGUGAUUCUGACCAAUCGCCCCCCAGGAGGCGACCCCGUGGUGGGAGGGGCUCAGACUCUGACCUCUCCCCCCCUCGCAGGCCUGACCAAUCACAGUCUCGGAGCAUGCUGUCAGGAGGCGCAGCAGGACUGGUAUCCGUGGAGGUUCUAAGAAGAGAACAGGAGGAGAACCGACGCAGAGAGAAGAUCAACCAGCCGCUAGAAGAUGCGUCUCGUAAUGCGGAGACUGUGUUCAGAGAUAAGAGUGGGAAGCGGAGAGACAUCGAGACGGAGAGAGAGGAGCAGAGGAGGAUGGCAGGAGAGAAGGCAGAGAAAGACCUUAAAUAUGCUCAGUGGGGGAAAGGUGUGGCCCAGGGCCAGAUGCAGCAGCAGAAUGUUGAGGACGCGUUGAGGGAAUCCCAGAAGCCUCUAGCACGUUCCUGUAAUGACCAGGACCUGGACAGGAUGUUGAGAGAGCAGGAGAGAGAGGGAGACCCCAUGUUGGCCAUGAUGAGACGCAAAAAGGACCGAGACAACAAACUACGAGGACUCAAAGAGAAGCCUCGCUACAAAGGCCCGGCUCCGCCCCCAAACCGCUUCGACAUUCCACCAGGCUACCGUUGGGACGGAGUGGACAGGUCGAAUGGUUUGAACAGAAGCGUUACACCAGAAUGGCUGAUAAGAAGGCUGUGCAGGAGAUGGCCUACAAGUGGAGCGGUAGAGGAAUGAGAGGAGAAAUGAGACAGAG